AUGUUCAUCAGAGUCGCCCUCUGUAUCGCUUCGAUCGCCGCGCUAGCACGCUCUCAAGAGUCCAAUGAAGCUGCAGUACGCCAGUUUCAACCCGGAACUCGCUUGCGCUUAAUCCAGGGCCCAGCACAGCUCGCGGCACGCUCCACCGACGAGACAUGCUCCGGCACUUGUGUCCAAUGCUUUGGGACAGGAUAUAUCAAUUGUCCUAAUAGCGACAUACAGUGCUAUCUCCCUGGUGAUCAGACUUAUGGCAUAGAUACCUGUCCCAGCUCUGCCAGUGCAACCUCGGGCGCUGCGCCGACAUCUUCCCCAGGGAGCGCUGGCGGUAGCGAAACCUGCUCGACGCCUGGCGCCUCUUGUGUCCAAUGCUUUGGCGCUGGGUACGAAGACUGCCCUGAUGGAGUUUACUGCUACGACCCGAAUGACCCAGACCACAACACCUGCCCGGAUUCGUCGAACGGCAAUGGCGGUGAUCCAACCACGGAUAGCCAGUGCGCGAGCCAGUUUGGAUCAGGCUUCAUUAUCUGUGGAACCGAUGCAUGUUACAACCCGGGCAAUGGAGAGUCGUGCUGUCAAGACGGCUACUAUUGUUCUUCCGGCUAUACGUGCUCUUCUGUCGUUGGAAAGUGCUGCCCUAGCGGUUCCUCAUCCUUGGACUGUUCCGCCGCCGAUGGGGGUCUUUUAUCCUCUUCUUCAUCCGCUUUCAGUUUUCCCAAACCCAAAACUAGUUCAGCUCCGAGCUCGACCAGUGAUUCCGGAAGUCUCUUCUCCUCAGCAUCCACAACGUCUAGUGCAUCUUCAUCGACUGGCAGUACCGUCUCUGGUAGUUCGAAAGGAGAUGCGAUGCUUUUGGCCCCAGGACAAAGACUUCUGGCUGCGGCUGUUGUUGGGGCAGCGUUGCUGUGA